AUGCAUUUUAUUUAUAGGUUUUUAACUCAUGUGGCGAAGCCUUUCUUGCCUGGUUAUCUAGAAAGGCGGACACGACGGGGAAAAGAAGAUCGUGCACGUUUAACAGAACGGUAUGGGCAUGCGACAAUUACUCGCCCAGAAGGGGAAAUUAUUUGGAUUCAUGCAGCCAGUGUUGGAGAGUCAAAAUCUACGCUGUAUUUGGUACGAGAGCUUUUGCGAUCAUACCCCUCUUUGUCUAUUCUUGUUACAACGGGGACAAAAAGUUCUGCACAGUUGAUGGCAGACCAAUUACCAGACAGGGCAUUUCAUCAGUAUGUACCUUUAGAUGUUACACAAUGGGUGAAAACAUUUUUAGAUAUAUGGAAGCCAUGUCUUGUAUUAUGGGUAGAGUCAGAGUUUUGGCCCAAUAACUUGUUUGAGAUUAAAAAACAAAAUAUUCCUUUAAUUCUUUUAAAUGGAAGUGUUUCUGAGAAUACUUUUAAAAAUUGGUCUCGUUUUUCAGGGCUUAUUCGUCCAAUUUUAAAUUGUUUUACAUUUUGCUUUGGGAAGUCUCAACAAGACUUAAAACGUUUGCGUUCUUUGGGAGUUCAGGAAGAAAAGUCUACCUUUGAAGGUAAUUUAAAAUACGCGGCGUCUCCUUUAAUCUUUGAUCAAAAUACUUUAGAUCAGCUUAAACAGUUGAUUGGGAAACGCCCAAUUUGGCUAGCGGCAAGUACUCAUGAAGGGGAAGAGUCUUUGGUAGCGCAGGUUCAAAAAAACCUUAAAAAGGCUUUUCCGGAUAUUUUAACACUUCUUGCUAUUCGUCAUCCCCAUCGGGCAGAAGAUGUAAAUUUGCUAUUGCAAGGGGAAGGCCUCUCUAUUGCUCAACGCUCUUUGGGAGAAGAAAUUUCUGAAAAGACAGAUGUUUAUCUGAUUGAUACUUUGGGAGAGAUGGGGUUGUUUUAUGCUUUGUCGCCUAUUGUUUGUAUGGGAGGGACUUUUGGAAAUGUUGGGGGGCAUAAUAUCAUAGAACCAGCCCAAUUAGACACGGCAAUUUGUUUUGGGCCAAAUAUGUCAAAUUUUCAAGAAGUUGCAGAUCAAUUUGUAGCAUUAAAAGCGGCUGUUCGUGUGGAAGAUGCUGCUUCAUUAGCGGCUUGUAUCGAAGGAUGGGUGAAGAAACCUUCUGCAGCACGCACAAUUUGCCGUCAGGCAAAAGAGCUCAGUUUAACGCAAGGGGAUGUUCUUCAAAAAAUUAUAGAAAAGCUAAAGCCUUAUCUCACGCAAUCUGAAAAGGAGUAG